UAACUAAUCAGAAAUUUAGUAUUGGGGGAGGAGAUCUGGGGAUUAUUUUCCGGCAACUGGUGUGUUAUAUCUCUUUCUUACGAGCUCGUCAAUCAAUAAAACACCGGAAUUGGCAAGUUAAACUGAAAUACUGAGGAUACAAACAGCUGACAAAGGGGUGCAAGAGGAAGUAGAAAGGGGUGCAGGAGGAAGCAGAGUCUGGGUGGUGAAGGUCUGUCGACCGGGUGACCCCCAUCCCAACUCAUGACUCACGCGCGGAGGCGGAGACUUCAUAUCGGAUUCACUCGCACCGGGAGGACCGUCCUGUACUCCCCCGUCCGCACUGAAAGCUAACGUCCGGAACAAAACACGUUCCUUUUUUUUGUUUUGUUUUGUUAUUUACGCUUGUUUACAAUGUGAAGAACAUGUCUGGGAAAAGCUCUGAUUGGGUGGAGAUCCUGGAGCCGCGCUCCCGCGAACGCAUGUAUGUGAAUUUGACAACGGGGGAAUGUGGCUGGGAUCCACCUUCAGGUGUUCCUGUUCGCCAGGCAGACGGUAACCAGUGGUGGGAGCUGUUUGACACCCACAGUGGCCGCUUCUAUUACUACAACUCCACUGGGCCCCGUACAGUCUGGCAUCGACCCCAGGGAGCCGACAUAGUGCCCCUCUCCCAGCUCCAGGCCAUGAAGCGAUGCAAUGAGGCCAAACGUGUUGGAGGGGGCGACGAGAAGCACCGCCAUGGAACCAUAGGGAGUAUCGGCAGUCCCGGGAGUCAGGAGAUGCAAACUCCUCUGCCUGAGCAGGAGAGUGAUGUCCCUGUAACCAGAGUCCAGACACCCAGCGCAGAAAAUGCCAACUCUGAACUGGAACCAACAGUUGAUCUCAGAUCAAAGGGAGAUGAAAGCAGCCUAGAAGACAGCAAGGACUUCAGCAAAGACGCAAACAGGGAUACCUCUCAAAGAUGGCAACCAGCACCUGGAUCGAAAGCAGCCAUGUUGGUGAAAGUGAACAGCAUGAACCGUAGCCAGCCCAACCCAGCCUUACAGCAGCUCGGUGCACACAGCAAAGCCUUAAACCUGAAUCCCACCUGCAAUAAGACCCAAGAAGGACAUCUGACCUCCAGCCAGGGAUAUAAAACUGCUCCUUCUGGCAAAGAAGCUGGGGAAAUGCACCAAACCCAUCACCUGAGAAAAGCCAGCAAUGGCAGCUUCUGUUUGGUGGCUCCAGACAGUAGCCAUCCUAGCCCGAUCCUUCAAAGGUCACAGACGAGCACACCCCGCCCCAUCUCACCCCAGUAUGGCUUCACUGCUCCGAUCUAUUACGAGCCAGUUAAAGACAUUCCAAUAUAUGAUGAACCUCCUACAGACAUGGAGGUAGAGGGGGCACACCUGUGCAAUGGACAAUCUCUGUCACGUUUGACAGCCACUCAGAGUCUCCACAAACCUGUGUAUCUCCAGCACCCUGGUGUAUCUCAUUCAGGGCCUAGACACAGAAGAAAUCCUUCUGCCUCUGACUACAGCCCAGCUGGCCUGGAGUGCAUCAAGCACAUGGUUAACAUUGAUCCCAAGCAGGGGAACUCCUCCAACUCUCUGGUGUCCACACAUGCCCCUUCUCCUACACCCAGACAAGACACUGUUCCGACCCAAUCACAGCCACAAGCCCACUCUUUGCAACAGUCUCGAGGUCAGCUAAGGGACAAAGAGACAGUGACCCCUGGCCCAAGUUCACUGGAUAAAAGACAAAACUGGCGAGUCCUGGAGGCCACUGUACAGCGUGCCAUGGAUGCACGACACAGCAGACAGAGCAGCCAGGCUUCUCAGGACUUCUCAUCUACUCCACAAGCUACUGCUAACUAUCAAGACUCUGGCUACUCCACUGGGCCUUCCCCAAGUCUGAGAAGAAAAAGCAGAAGGAGGGUGGUAGCUGGAGGAGGUAGGCCGGGCUCAAUAGGCAGCAGUGGGGAGCUGUGCGCCCUAAAUGAGAGACUCAUGGCAGAAAUGAAGGAGGUUGUUAGCCGUUCCAACACCAUGAGGGAGGUCAGAGCAGGCCUGGACCCAGAAAAGGAGGAGAAGGGGAUUGUACCUCUGACUCCAUCCCCUGCAGACUCACUUAGGUGGUAUGGACCAGGGGGGGCAGUACCGAAAGGCAGAUGUCUAUCAAGAGAAGAUGUUGCUGGGCCCUCCCGCUCUCAGAAGGGGACAUGUAACUAUGGGAACCCAGCUCUAACCCCUCUGGAAAUACAAGGGAGGCAGAAAAGGACAUAUGAAAAGGUGGACACCUUGGAGAUGAGUAUAAGUAGCCAAGCAAGCUUGUCAUUACCAGAGACCCCAGGGCCAACCUCACAGGCGGGCACCCUAGAGCUGCAGGCUCAGUUGGAGAGCAAAAAGAAAGGUAUGGUGGACGGCCGGACUGCUUCACUGGGACCUCAUCGCCCCGUUAACCACGAAAACAGAGAGGGCGGUGAUGGGGCAGGGGCACGAGGUGGAGGAUCUGCCUUUCAGCUCUCCUACGCCACCCUGCGGCAGCCUCCGCCUUCUGAGAUGGGCAUGGAAGACUGGGCCAGCAAGCACCUCAACAUGCACACGCAAGGACUCUUCCGCCGCCGCGUCUCCAUCGCCAACAUGCUUUCCUGGAACCGUGGAUCCAUAAAGAAGCCCAUGCUGGUUACUAGCAACCGUGCCAUCAGAAAGGAAGCCUGUGAGAUGUUUAAGCUGGUACAGGCCUACAUGGGAGACAGGCCAUCGCGCCUUGACCGCCGCCACUGCGCCCUGCUCAUUGUCACCAAGUGCUGGGACAUGCCAGGGCUGCGGGACGAGCUUUACGUGCAGCUGGUAAGACAAACAACAGCCAAUGCAAGCCCUAGAAGCUUGGCAGCAGGUUGGGAGCUGAUGGCUGUCAGCUUGGCCUUCUUCGCUCCGUCACCCAAGUUCCGCUGCUAUCUGGAGGGUUACAUCCAGAGACACACGGAGCCCAGCAGCGACAAGAAAUGUGAGUCUCAGACUGAGCUACAGGUGACACAAUUCAUUUUGGAACAGCAAGAAAUGAAGAUGAAGAAAAAUUCAAAGUCCAGAAAGAAGCGAAAACAGAAUACAGAGGAAGAUGAAGGUCUUUCUAUCAGCACAUACGCCAAGUUUUGCCAUCGGAAGCUGCUCAAGGUGGCGAUUACUGGUGGGAAAAAGGGUCUACGUAAGCCCACCUUGGAGGAGAUCGACCACAGCAGAAGAGCCAUCAUCACCCCCUCUCUUUUUGGCAGCUCGCUCGAGGAGGUGAUGGAAAGGCAAAACGAGCUCUUCCCAGACAGGAAACUGCCCUGGGUGCAGGUUCAGCUGUCCCAGUAUGUCCUGGCUCUGGGUGGGGCUCAGACGGAGGGCAUCUUCAGGGUGCCUGGAGACAUUGACGAAGUGAAUGCACUGAAGCUCCAAGUCGAUCAGUGGAGGAUUCCUGAAAACCUCUCCGACCCCAAUGUUCCAGCCUCCCUAAUGAAGCUAUGGUAUCGUGAGCUGGAGGAGCCCCUCAUCCCCAUGGAUUUCUACAACCAGUGCAUUAGUAACUGUGACGACCCAGUAGCGGCCAUCACCGUGGUCCAGUUACUGCCUGAGCUCAAUAGGCUCGUUCUGUGCUAUUUUAUCCACUUCCUGCAGGUGUUUGCUCAGCCCUCCAACGUUGCCAUAACCAAGAUGGAUGUGAACAAUCUGGCCAUGGUGAUGGCCCCCAACUGCCUCCGAUGCCAUUCUGACGAUCCGCGGAUCAUCUUUGAAAACACACGCAAGGAGAUGUCCUUCCUGAGAAUGCUCAUCGUUCACUUAGACACCAGUUUUAUUGAAGGGGUGGUGUAAACGCUGUCAACACGCACAGCCGCUACACAUUUACAAUCAUACGUAAACACUGUCUUUGUUAUAGCUUCACUGGAAAUUGCCAGGGUGGAAAAUUUCACCUUCUAAAACAAAAGGAUGAAAAAAAAACUUGAACUUUCAAUAUUCUCUCCAGUUUUCUUGGUGUGAGACAAGAUGUUUUACCUUAGGUUUCUCUGUUUUGUUAGUUAAAUUCACAGUGACUGCUUCCAGUUGGUGCACCUUAAUGGAUCUCUUUUCAUACAGUGCAUGUUAACCCUGCGUUUCUAGCUGAAUAGGUAUUACAAAAUUUAAAUUAAGUAAUUGGAUUUUGAAAAAUUCAUUUCGGUAAAAAUCUUAAUUUCUAUUGUAGGACUUUGACAACCAGCAUUUUGAUUCCAUUCACUUUUGGGAUAAAAUACACUUCUUUUUGUAUGUACAGAGAAUCGACUGUAUAUAAAAGAUCCGCUCUUGUAAUGAUCUUAUUAAUAAGCUUGCUUGUGCUGUUUUGCUGAUCAUUUUUUUAUUUUUCAUAAUGCAAGACCUAAAAAGUACAAAGUCUAUGUUAACAAUUGAAGAUAUGAAUAUGAGCCCCAAACUAUUUUUAAUGACUGUUGUUUCUGAAACAUCACAACUCAUAAAAUAUAUAGGUAUAUUUCUCAAAUUUAGAUAUAGACAACCAUAGAAGUUAGAUGGGAGUGUUGACUUUAAUUAUAUUUCAUGUUAUAGAUGUCUGUGUCAAGUCAGUUAACCAAUAAUACUGUUUUUCUGUUGUGUACAAUAUAUUUUAAUUGAAAUUGUUUUUAAUCUCCAUCUUGAUUUUUUUUGCCUCAGGUCUUAUGUAAAAAAAAAACGGGUUUUGGAUAUAAUGACUGUACGUGAUCUGUGGUUAAAUUUUUGACUGAACCCAUGUAGUCACAGUUGAGGCUUGUUUGACUAUUGAGCACUGCGAGAAUGUAAACAGAUUUUUUUAAUCACAUCUUAGGCUUUGGCAAUGUAAAUAAAGAUUUUGCGUGUAUUCAAGACUAACCUUCAUUAAGUAUGUUCUAACAAUAAAAGGGUGUAACUGUUUAUGUAAAAAGCAAAGAUUGUCUAUAACAUUUCCUUCUGCUGUGACAGCUUUUCUUUUAAAUUUAGCAAAGAUCAAACCACUUCUUGAGUUGUGUGUGCAUGUGUGCCUUUUUUGUGUUUACCAUCUGAACAUGACAGUCAUUCAUAAAUAAAAGGUUUCUUCAACUGUAA